GGACAUUUUUUUCCUGCCCAACUCGGCGGCAACUGCUCUCUUCUCUUCUCCAACCCCCCCACCUCCUUCCAGCUCCAGAUCUCGAUGCGGCGCAAGCUCCCCGGCGAAGCGCCGCCGUCGGCAGGCGGCGGGUCGCUCCCGUCCGAGGCGGACCUGGCACAGCUCUCCACCGCCAUCUCGGCGGGGGAGGACCUGGGCCCUUUCGUGCGGCGCGCCUUCGCCUGCGGCCGGCCGGAGCCGCUGCUGUCCUCCCUCCGCGCCGUCGCGCGGGACCGCGAGGCCGAGAUCGAGGAGCUCUGCCGCGCGCACUUCCACGACUUCAUCCGCGCCGUCGACGACCUCCGCUCCCUCCUCGCCGACGCCGACGUGCUCAAGGGCUCCCUCUCCGCCUCCCACUCCGCCCUCCUCUCCUCCGCCGCGCCGCUGCUCGCCUCGCUCGAGUCCUUCCUCGCCGCGCGCGCGCUCGCCGGGAACCUCUCCUCCGCCCUCGCCUCAUCCCGCCGCUGCGUCCGCCUGCUUGCGCUCGCCGCUCGGGCUAACGAACACCUCCAGGCCGGCAACCACAGUCUCUACCUCGCCCUGCGCGCCGUCGAUGCCAUCGAUCGCGACCUUGCCUCUGGUCCCGAGCCGUUGCCCCUUCCCGCCCUCCGCCGCAUGCUGCUCAGCCUCGUCCCCGCCGUGCGUGUCCACGCUGAGCGCGAGAUCUCCAGGGAGUUCGCCGACUGGAUGGUCAGCAUCCGGGCUGCUUCGCGCCACCUUGGACAGGUGGCCAUUGGCCGCUCGGCUGCCGCCAGGCAGCGUCAGGAGGAGCUCCGCUCCAAGCACCGCCCGCUGGAGGAGUCCAUCACCCUGGACGACGACGGAGCUGGUGACCUCGACGACUUUGCUGCGGCCACCGCAUCGUCUGAUGUGGCCGAUGGUGCGGCUGCGGCCUCGUUUGACCUCACGCAGCUGUACCGGGCCAUGCACAUACACCAGACACUGGCGCUGGGGGAGCGAUUCAAGAAGUACUACCUGGAGAACAGGAAGUUGCAGCUAACGUCUGACUUUGAUGUGAUUGCGGCAACACCAUUCCUUGAGUCCCACCAGGUGUUCUUCGCGCAGAUUGCUGGGUUCUUUAUUGUUGAGGAUCGUGUCUUUCGAACUGGGGGUGGACUCACAUCCCGUGGAGAUGUGGACGCACUGUGGGAGGCUGCAGUGGGGAAGAUGAUCUCUGUGCUGGAAGAUAACUUCUCUAGGAUGCAGACAGCAAACCACUUGCUUCUCAUAACUGAUUAUGCUGCCUUGCUUGCUGCCACAAUGAGGCGAUAUAGUUAUCCAGUAGGGAUGCUACUCGAUGUGCUGGCUAAGCAUCGGGACAAGUACCACGACUUGCUACUCGCGGAUUGCCGUAGACAGGUGGUAGAGGCACUGGCUGCAGAUAAGUUUGAUCAGAUGCUCAUGAGAAAGGAGUAUGAGUACUCAAUGAAUGUGCUUGCUUUUGGGAUUCAGAGCUCUGAUAUCACCCCGGCGUUCCCUUACGUCGCAUUGUUUUCAUGCACCGUGCCAGACAUUUGUCGCAUUGUUCGGUCAUUCAUUGAGGAUUCUGUGAGCUUCAUGGCACAUGGGGGUGGUGGGGACACAUAUGCAGCAGUGAAGAAGUACCUUGGUCGGAUUCUCUCAGAGGUGGUGGAUGUUUCGAUACAAAAGCUUGUGGAUUCAGGCAGUGGUAUGAGUGUCUCCCAGGCAAUGCAGGUUGCUGCGAACAUGUCUGUCAUGGAGCGUGCAUGUGAGUUUUUCACACGCCAUGCAGCGCAAUUGUGUGGUGUGCCGCUACGUGCAGUGGAGCGUGGACGGCGUGACUUUCCACUUUGCAAGUCCCGCGAUGCUGCGGAAGCGCUUCUGCUGCGGCUAUUGUGUUCCAAGAUCGACGAGUUCAUGCUGCAAUCUGAUGGUGUCAGCUGGAUGGCUGAUGACCCGCCUGCUGGAGGCAAUGAGUAUGCCAAUGAGGUCACAAUCUAUCUGGAGACGCUCACUUCAACUGCGCAGCAGAUCCUUCCUCUUGCAGUGCUCCGUCGCGUUCUUGUUGCAGUGCUUGCGCAUAUAUCUGAGAGGAUUGUUGGGCUCUUCUUGAAUGACUCUGUCAAGCGGUUCAGUGCUGGUGCGGUCGUCGGUAUUGAUACUGACCUCAAAAUGUUUGAGGCAUUUGCAGAGAGUAUGUCCAACCUGUUUGGGGAAUCUGGUAAAGAUUCUGCAGCAAAUGAAAUGAAGGCUGCACUGGUGGAGGCGAGGCAGCUGGUGAAUCUUCUUAUGAGCAACAGCCCAGAGAACUUCCUUAACCCAGUGAUCCGUGAGAAGAGCUACAAUAAGCUUGAUUACAGAAAGGUUGCAGUUAUCUCGGAGAAGUUUAGGGAUACCUCAGAGAGCUAUUUCUCAACAUUUGGAACUAGGGGUGCUAGGCAGAACCCAAAGAAAAAAUCUCUGGACACCCUGAUCAAGAGGCUCAGAGAAGCCAGCUAGUGCUAGUCUCUACCUUUGCAGUAAGAUUAUACAUGCACCUGGCCUUUAGCCUACUCAUGAUUUUUAAUAUAAUUUAGCAUGUAUGUGGUGUGCAUUGUGUGUGUUACAAUCAUCAAUCAGUAUUCUUAUAUAUACCGCAAUUUUCUUGAUGGCAGACUGCUUGUUCCAUAUGUGUGGAUAUCUUAAUGUUGAUUUUUCUUCCAAUAAUUAACUGUAUGAUCAAGAAUUCAAGAUA